GAGAGCAGUGAGUACGAGAAACUUUUGAGUGCGCGUUCGGUUUAAAAAUUUUAACAGCCAUGGAUCUGUUUACACUCUACGAUUGGAUAACUUCUUUGCUGCGUCCUCGCGGUCAUUUGAAACCCAUUGACGGUAAGCGAUCGGAACCAUCGAAAACUAUCACUGAGGAAAUAGCAGAGCCAACAGAUUGCAGUGCCAUAUCUGUCGGAUUAUCACAACAAUUCAAAACAGAAGCGCCUACGACAAGAAACGUAGAAUUCAUACCAACACUAGCUUUUCUGAUACAUGAACCUGUUGCUACAGACCUCGACAUUCAACAUGUCGCCGAUAUACUCUCACAGCUUGAACUCGAUACAUUCAACAUCAACACUACAAAUAACUCGGCAAACGACGAUGAUGUAAACUGCGAUAAUAACUCAGCACACACAUAUGUAAUCAACCGCGUUGGUAGUGCAGAGAUCUAUAGCAGCAGUACUAACACUGAGGAAUUACUGCGACAGGAGAUCAUCCCUUGUACUCGCACAGACACUACGACAGAAUCCUCACUUGUUUACGAGCCAACUAGCUCAAUAUCCAUUGAAAUGGACAAUUUAGGAAAGAGUGAAACAACUGCCACAACGGCAACAACAACAACACCGACAACGACCGAUGAAGUGCCUGAGACGACAGCCACGACGUCUCGUAAGAAUAGUAACGCAAGUGCCAUCACCACAGCCACAACGUCCAGCAGUGGUGAACAAAGUAUAGAGGAGGAAAUUGAAGAGGCCAUUGAAAUUAGUGAAGAGGAUGUACCACAGUUGUCUGUAGCUCAUUUAUUGGACUCAUCCAAAUCAGCAGGUUAUAUAAAGCCAAUUUCCAUGAAUAAACAAAAAAUGCAAUCUGAUCAACAUUUGGAAGAAGAGGCAAGUUUCCAACAUCCAAUAAGGAAUGUAAAUAAAAUAAGCGCUAGCGAAGAAAAAGACGAACAAUUCAAGAUUGACGACGCUGAAUUGUCUGGUGAAAAUAUAGCACAGCACUUUGUGCUUAACGAAUAUGAUGAAGAAGACGAAGAUGAUGAUGAUAUUAAUAGAAGUAUACCAGCAGACAAGAUACAAGCACCCUCGAGACAUGAAGCGUCCAGUGAAGCCAGUAUGCCGCACAGUAAAACUGUUGCAAGUGAUUCGGCGGAAAUUGAUUUUGAUGAUUUGAAUGUAAGCCUACCACUGGAAAAGAAAAUGGUGCAUUCUCAUCACCAUGAGCCGGUGUUAAGUAAACCAGAAGUUGAUCCACGGCAGCUGAGUUUAACCAAUGAGAGUACAGCGAAUGAUGUAUCAGAUCUUCUAGAAGAACCGCGGCAAGGUGAAGACUCGUUGAGGAAUGAAGAAUUAAUAAUGGCAAAGCCUGACGAGACUCAAACAUCUUGUGAUAACGAAGAAAAUGAGGUAAACGCGGCAUUAAGUAAAUCAUUGACAUCAAAAAAUAUAAAAGUGGUUUUAACUUCACAGCAACUUCAAGCUGAUAUUCAAGCUCCAGGGUUGGAGACACGAGUUAAAAGCAAUUCCCCCCCACAUAGUGAACAAGACAACUCAAUUGAAGAAAUUGUAGAAAGAAAUCAUAGUUUGGAAUAUACGUUAGAUGACCGGGACUUAAGCUCGCUCAAUCCAAGUUUUAUUAUACACAACGAAUCGCUUGUGAAUCGCCUGCUGGCAGACACAGUUCAAGAACAAUUGGAGGAGGUGAAAGAAGUGAAUAAUAUUUGUGCCAAUUUGACUCAACCCGAAAAUGAAAUACUUCCUAUCGAAUUGGAAAGCAAAUAUGUAUACUCUAAACGUAUAGUUACUGAUUUUGACGCUGGUAAAACUGAUCCAACUACAAAUGUAGAAACGCCAAAAGGAACAAAGGAGAAAACAAAUUUUUUAGGUGGAACGGCCCAAAAUGCCAACUCAACGGAGACUGAAUUCACACAUAAUAUUUUACGCGAAACUACCCAUCGCACUGAAAACUUACAAAAUGUGCCAUUACUUGAGACUAAAUUUGUAGAAAGGAAGUUAGCGGUCAUGUCCGAAACAUUGCAGCUGCAGGAAAUGGCCAACAUUGAAGUGCAGACCUUAGAGACCGUUGUAGAGCAAGUAGAAGACGAUGAGUCAUCAACUUAUGAUAUAAAUUCGGUAACAAAUGCUUUGCGUGACAUUCUAAACGAGAUGCUUGGUGCCAAAAAUCAGGUGACCAGUGUUUCACCGGAGCUUGACUUUGGUGCUAAUGAAGACGAUGAUGAUGACACAUCUCUUGAACUAAUGAAAUUACGGAUUCUCGCCAUGAAACAUCAGAGCAAAGAACAACAGAUCAAUAUUUCACACAGUGAAGUCGAAAUUAUGAAUGCCAACGCCAGUGGAGAUGUGCAGAUCGUCAAACCAAUGGAGCGUGUACCCUUAAGUGAGUACACAAAAGAUGUGCUGGAAGACAUCACCGAAGAGAGCGACCGAAACUCACUUUCUACCGCAGAAGAGCAUCGUUCACUGUCGAUGGAACAUUCUGCCAGCUCAACGGAGGGUAAGGAUCAAAGCAAAACUCUUCAUGCUGAAGGGGAAGCUCAAACGACAGACUUGACGAACACCUCGACUAGUAUAGUUAGUUUGAAUAUGCUGCAAAUGUUGGAAAACAAAGUGAUUGAGCUGCAGGAUAUGGUGGCCGGUAAGGACGCCUGUUUGUCUGCGCUUAACUUGCAGUUGGAAACUGCACAGCGACGCGAAUCGAGUGGCGCAUUUUCUGCAGAACAACUUGGCUCGGGAAGAGAUACGAACAGCUCGCUGGUGACAAGCUCGACUGAGUAUCGCACAUUUCAAGAAGAGUUCGGUGGGCCGACAAUGGAUAUUUACAUGGAAGUAUCGAAGCGUGACGAAUUGAUCGCCAAAUUAACGGAUUCGUUACAACAAUCAAUAAAUGUUCGUGAAAAUCUCCAAAUGGAAAGCGACAAACUUGCCAAUGAAGUUCAAUUGCUCCGAAAGCAGCUAUCCGAUGCACUGGAUACUUUGCGCAGGCCGAACUGGCCACGAACGGAUUUAGACAGCAAUUGUGGUCAACGCAUAUCAGAGAUAUCAAUGGAUUUAAUAAGCGAGAGUGAUGAUGAUUUAGAACGGCAUUUUUUCACAGACAAUGAGGAUAAAUAUUCACGUAAUUCACGCGAGCGCCAGUUCUCGGUGCCACGUCAAACAACGGAAAUGUACGGCAGUGGUGGGGGGGAUAUGAUGGCAUCCGAGUGGUCCCAACCACCUUUCAGCAAGCAAAUCGAACAUUUUCAGAAAUAUCUCAACCCGAAUGAGGCGCGCCUCUUCUUCAUGGUGCAGAAAAAGUUCGAUGAUUAUUUGAGCCAAGAGUUGGAAAAGUGUAAAAUAAAAUGUGAGCAUGAUCAAAAAGAUAUUAUUGAGAAAUUUAAGGCGGAGAAACAAAGCCAAGAGGUUGAAAUGAAAAUAAUAAUAAGUUUACGCGAGGAACAAGACAAGAAACAUGCAAAAGAAGUAGAAGAAUUACGCAAAUAUUUUGAAACUAAAUGUGCCGAACUCGAGAAGCAGUUUUCUGACGAUGUCUUUUCGCAAAAAUCGCAACACCACCCAGGUGACACAUCUUCAUCCGAAGGCUCAGACCAGGAUCAAUUGCCCGAGGACCGAGCCACAGGAACCAGCCAAAUACGUUCCAAAGAGAUUUCUCCCCGUAAACGCGCACGUGCAGUGCUUUUACUUAGCCCAAGUCAUCGUCAAAUUACUCCCAUUUCUGACGCAUUCAACGAAGAUGUCAACAGCACAAAAGAAAUUACGGAGUUGAAAGCAUUCUAUCACCAAAAGUUACAAGAAAUACAGCGAAUUAAUGAAGAACAACUACGCAUCCUUACCGAGAAACUAAAGUAUUAUGAAAGCCGAUAUCCAGAUGAUGAAUUUUUGUCGGUCAAUAAAACAACAACUGCUUCGCCCGCUAAUGUUUGCACCAGAAAUAUGUUUAACAAAACAAUAACAAAUAUGACAAAAAAUAAUUUGAAGUCCACAAACGACGAUGAAAUUAAACCACAAAACACCAACAAUAUUGCCAAUCAGGAAUCAGUAUCAUUACAAGUACGCGAUUCCAAUACAUCUUUGAUUAUCAUCGACCAGGAUGAGCUGAAUCUACACAACGAAUCACAAGUCAUACAAAAAAUAAUUGAAGAGUAUGAAAAACGCUUGCAAGAGCAAUUGACGUUGGCUCGCGAUGAUAUUGUGCGUGAGUUGGAAAGGCAGAUACAGACUUUAUUGUCGGAAACAACAACGGACGAUCAGCAUUGGCCGCCGGAACUGAUUUUAUUGCGUGAAAAAUUCACAGCUAAGAGUCAAUUAAAAAUCGCACAACUGCAAAUUAAACAUGAAGAGGAGAUGUCACGCCUAAAAAUGGAAUAUGAAAAGCAGCUGAAUCGUAAGAAUAAACGAAAUUCUACGUUCGAUUCAGCUCGCAACCUUGAACAGAUAAUUAGUGAUCGUGACAAUUUGCGAGAGCUGUGCAAAACUUUCCGCAGUGUCCUAGCUGAACUCGCCAAAUGCGUCGUAAAUUGCGAGGAAGACAUAAAUAGCACUCUCUUGCAAGAGGUACAGCGCCUAAUGGGCGCACAUAAUCGCACCUUAGACGAGCAAACGCCAGAGGUGGAUAUGAAUAUUUCAUUCUUGAAUGCAUCACUUUCUUCUAACAAGCAGUCCCGUUGCAUACUAGACGUACACAAUUUAUUGGAUUUGGUGGAAGAUCCUAGUCUCGUGGAAUUCGUUAGCAACAAAAGCGGAGAUGAAGAUUUUGAUUUGCGUGAAUGCUUGGAACGGUUAAACACCGAAGCACUGUAUUUGCUGCAUAUUUCUGAAGAACUAAGCAAGCGCCAAAGGCGACGCCUAUCUAGCUUAUCAAGUGGUCUGGAGAAAAUUGAUAGUUGCUGCGAAGGCGAUAGUGAUGGUGAAAAAUCUCCAUCCAUUGGCCAACAGAUACGUCGUUUUAUGCGCACUUCAUCGUUUAAUGAGCAAAACUUGCCAACCUAUAAGGAGCACAUAAAACAUCAGCAAGGACAAUUGCUCAAUUCGCUGCCGCCCGAUUUGAAUCGACUACGCACCGAACACUAUAUUAAUAAUAAUGAUGAGCUCUUCUCUACGCCUGGCGGCAAUGCAUCGGAGCUGAAUUUUCAAGUACACGAAUUGAAAAAUCGUCUAGUCAAAUCGGAGACCGACCGUGUCAAGCUGCAGGAAGAGUUGGAGCACACAAUCCAACGGAAUGCAGAACUGGGACAGGAACUGCAGGCGUUACGUGAUCAAUUGUCACAACUAAACUCGCUUAACAACACCGAUUAUGCAGAGGGCUAUGGGCAUGGGUCGCUGAGGAGCCCGCCACGUGCCGUCGGUUCAGACCGUUCAUCGACCAGUUUCACACAAUUGCAGGAGAAGGCGCGCAACAUACUCUCAUCGCCUAUGCAACAACAACCCAACAACGAUGCCACCGUUGUGUUGCUGCAAAUGAUCGAAGACUUUUGCCGCGAAGGCGAAAAGGUGAUGGAAUGCGGAAAGAAGGAUCGCGACGAUCUGCAGUCACAGAUUGACGCGGCGGAUAAACAACUGAAAGCAACUCGUCAUUUCCUCGAAGACCAGGCUGCCGAGAGGGAACAAGAACGCGAUGAGUUUCAACGCGAAAUUGAGAAUCUAAAGGCGCAGCUACGCGAUAAAGAAAAGGAGCGUAAUGUUUUUGAAAAUGCGUCCAAGGAGGCAGAGCAAUUGGAGACUCAAAUUCGGGAACUCACACAAAGACUCAACGAGUCUAAUGCGAAACGUGACAAAUUUGAAGUUGAAUUGAAAGCUUCCAUUGAUAAAAUCUUCGUUUUGCGUGAAAUUAUCACCGAAUUGGAAACCCAAGUGGAGACCAAAGCGCUCAAUGAGCAUGUCUUGAGUGAAAAGAACAAGCAACUGGAGGAUUACAUAAACACCCAAACGCGUUCAAACGAAACACUUCAGCAUGAGGUCCAGAGUUUAAAAGUGGAAAUUGGUGCGGGCUACCAGGAGCGUAUACGUUUUUUGGAAGAGAAAAUGCAAAACAUGCGUCCGUCAGCAGAGCAAAGCAUGGUGUUGGAUCAAGUUGUGGAUCAGCUCCGCGACAUUGAGAAUACUCUCGACCAGAAAACGAAAACGCUCGAAUCUGUGCAUAAUUCAAUUUCUUCAAAUACAAAUAGUGCCACCGAGGAUGUGUCUGUGAGUGGCGCAGGUCCGGCCAACUCAGCGCCAUUAACAGGUGGUGCACACAAUCCAGUAACAAUAACGCAAACUCCAGGUUCUCCAUUGCAUCCGUCGCCACGACAGCAUUCGCUUACCAUGGAGGGAGUUCAACGCAUUGCCGACAAAGUUGCUAAACACACGCGUGUCGAAGAGGCGGCCAUCAAACGUAUACGUGAUCUGGAAAUGCAAGUGACGCAGAUGCGUGAUGCCUGUGUGGAACUCCAGCAUGAUCGGGAAGCCCUACAAGAUCGCAUGUCUGAGCAAAAUCAACGCAUCUCCACAUUGCAAUCGCGCCUGGAAGAGCAACGAAAACGAGCAAUGGAACUACAGCGUGCAGGUUCGACCGACUUUAAUGUACGAAUUCAUGACCUCCAAACCGAGGUACACAAUUUGCGCGAAAUCGUCUCCGUGCGUGACAAGCAAAUAGCAACAAUGAAGCAGCAAUUGGAAAAGAGUAAGGUUGCUAUUGAUCGGCUUGAAGCAGAGUUGGCUGUGGAACAACAACCGGAUCGUAGUGUUGUGGAACGUUUGGAGACGGAAUUGAAGCUUAAAAAUUCCGCCAUACAAAUGCUGAAGGAGAAAAUCAAGAAUGAGAUGAUAAACAAGCUGGCUUUGCCCGACUUAAUGGAAACAAUGCUGGCUGAUAAGAAUGAAGAGAUCGAUCAUCUGCGCGAACAAUUGGAAUCGAAAAAUAUGGAAAUACAGGAGCUCAACUCGAGCCAGGCUUCCAGUUUAGGUGGUGGUGUUGUUGCUGGGAAGAACAACGUUGUUGGAAAAGAUGAAAAUAGCACAAAGUUGAGUGCACACACACUGAGUGACAUAGUAUCCAUCAGCGAGUUUGAUGAGCCCGAUGUGAUGCGCCGUGCAGCUGUGUUACACGAGGCGACUCCAGUUCAGCUGGCCAAUGGUAAUCGUGCUUUCGGACGCAAAUCAAUGGACACUUCAAAGCAAGCUGUGGCGAACUUGACGCAUAAGCGCAGCGAGGAUUUGUCUGGACUCGCCAUUUUACGUCCUGUGAAUACUUUCGAUAAUCCACAUUACUUCCAAGAUCCCAAUGUGCUAACAAUGACGUGCCAGUCCGCGGCAACGGUUACGCCACCGAUCGUACCACGCCAAAUUAACUUCUCUGCAUUGGCAGAGGAUUCAAAACUGAAGACUCCGGGCUUAGAGAUGUCCGCUAUGGACAGAAGGCUACCAGAGGAGAAAGAGAUAUACGAGAAGCUGGAACAAGAGGUGCAAUAUUUAAAGGAGAAACUGACAAGUGCUUCCACGGAGAAAGAGAAAGCUAUAUGCGAAAAGGAUCGAGAAAUACAAUCCAUUGAGGAAGAGUUGGUAGGCACACAAGUGCGUUUAGGUGGUCUGCAACAUGAAUUGGAACGACACCAAAUGGAAAUCAGCGAGUUGAAAAAGGAAGCACAAAAAUGCGUAAUUCUUCAAACGCAAAUCGCUGAAAAGACGGCCGAAAUCGAUUUGCUUCUUAGCUCUCAAGAACGUCUAACCAAGGAGAAUAAGGAACAACAAGAACGAUUGACUAAAGGAGAAAAGGAGCUGCUUAACUACAAGGAGAAUGAACAUAGCCUCCAAAAACGAAUUACCGAAUUACAAGAGAAAAUGCUGGAGGCGACGGAACAGGAAGUGAAUGAACGCGAGAGCUUGCGUAAAGAGUUGCGAGCCGUAAGUGAAACACACGAACAGUGCAGGAAUACUGUGCUCGAGUUGGAGAUGCGCAAAGUGGACAUCGUGCAGCUAAACGAACAAUUGAAAGCCAAGGAACAGAGAUUGCAGAUGCUUACUAAUAAAUUGGGGCAAGCUGAUGAGACUGCCAUCGAGAUGCAGCAAAAGAUUUCUGCUCUGGAGGAGGAGGUGGAACGUUUGCGGCAACAACCAAACAGCGAUAACAGUUCAAAACAAUACUCAGUCGAUGAAAUAGCACAACAAGUCGAAAAGGAACUGAACUAUUCUGUGCAGCUAGACUCGAAUAUACUUCAAGCCAUCGAGAGCGAAGAAGAAAACAACUUGGACCGCAAAAGUCGCGAUAAGGCAUCGCAAGAACCUAAUAAGACUGAAGCACAAGGCACAGACGACGAAAACUACACUGGCGAGCGCGAGCUGUUAAACCAAUUGGAGGCGCUCAAGGUUCAAAUUGCCGUGGAACGUGAACACAAUGAAGAUAUACGGCAGAAGUUGCUUAUUGAAAAGCAACACUCGCAGGAAAUACAAGAGCAAGAUGUGCUUAUCAUUGAGGCAAUGCGCAAGCGACUCGAGACUGCGCUGGAGAAAGAGGAUGAGCUGCAUAAAUUGCUGGAUAUUGAACGCGAGCGUUGUGAGCGCGUGCAAACGCAGUUGACCGCCAUUCAUCGCGCAGAGUCGCGUCGUAAUUCACUGUUGCUGAAAUCACCAUCCGAUUCCCCGCGCAAAUCGCCGCGCGCACUAAGUAACGAUUUCGAGUCGGAGUUGGCUGAGCGCCUUCGCAGUGAAAUCAAGUUGCUGACGGCACAGAAUGAGCGCGAACGCGAACGUUGCGCCGAUGCACAACGUUCCAGUGAAAGAGAGCGACAGCGCUAUGAAAACGAGCUGGAGGAACGCGUGGAUUAUUGUGAGAAAUUAAAGCAUGAAAUGGAGAAAUUGGGGCGUGAUAAAGAUUUAGCUGAACAAGAGUGCGAGCACUUGCAAGAACGACUAACUAUACAAACACAGGAGAUAGAGAGUUUGGAGGCUAGACUUGCAACACUGCAGGAGGCUGAAACCCGACGUAGCACACGACGUGACCGACAGCAAAGAGAAAGCGCACAACUGCUUGGUGAAAUGCAGGAAGUUAAGUCACUGCUGUUAGCUACCGAAGCGGAGCGCGACAAUUUACUCAAGUGCAUUACACAGCUACGAUUCGACGGCGAACGUGCGGCACAGCGCGAAGCCAAACUGUCAGAAGCGCUUGCCAAUGCAAAUAUGAGUGCCGCUGAGUCUUCUGUGCCACAACAGUUUUUGCAAAAAAUGAAGGAAAUAAACGCGCUGCUAGCGGAGAAUACACAAGAGAAUCGUCAAAUGGCCGAAACCGUGCAAUUUCUUGUGGAGGAGCGUCGUCAAUUGCAGAAAAAGUGCGAAGAUCUCGAGUCGCAGCUCGGCGGCACGGCUAAUGUGUCAGAGCUGGAAGACCGCUGCAAUCAGCUAUUAGGGCGCUAUUUACGCUUGGAAUCGCACCGCAAAGCGCUUGUCUAUCAAAAGCGUUAUUUGAAAAUUUCGCUGCAGAGUUAUCAAGAAAGUGAACAGCGCGCCCUAGCUGCACUCAACGGUGGCCGCAUGGUGCAGCCACAACCCAACAAAAAUAAAUUAUUCAAGACUGUGGCUUUGGCUGUUGUUGCUAUUCAGCGUAUGAAGUAUAUUGGCCGCACUUGGCGCACAGGCAAACGGAUCGUUUCCAAGUCAGUUUUUACAAUAACACAACAAAAAUCACCGCAACCGCCAAUGCUUACUUGUGCCCCCGUUAGUUCAACUUGCCCGAAAUCGCCACCAACAAUGUCCUUUCCACGGCAAAGAGAGCGUCAAUUCCAAGCAUUAAAGUCACCACCGCUGGUCCAUGAGUAUUUAAAUGGCGGAAGUGUGGACGAUGGCGUUACAUCUUCAACAAAUAUGAACUCGGUGCCAAUAUUUGAUUGGCCACGUCUGCAGACUUUUCAACAGUAGCAUUUGCUGCUACCAGAGCCCUGACACUACCCAAUAAGUACAUCACUGUAAAUGCUCAAAUAAGAUCAGUAACAUAACGGUUAAUAUUGUUAAUAGCCGUGAAGUCAAGCGCAUUUCUACUUUUCUUGUGUAUUAUAGGAAUAAGAAAAUGUUUACAUACAAAUAAGUAUAAAAUAAGUAGUGCAUGAUGGAGAAAGCAACAACAACAUGUAUCAAAUCAAGCCUAUUUUUAAAAUGUGUAAAUUUUUUGUACUUCUAAGCUUAAGUCUAGUCGUUAACGUGUUUAUAUUCUUAUUGUCCUCGUCAUAUCUGCGCAAUUGUUAUGCGUCUAAAAAUUGUAAUGUCUUAUGUAUUAUCUAGUAUUUGACUUGGACUAAUUUUAGACUAAAGGACUUUAAUGUCUGUUUUACUAAUUUAACUUAUUAUUUUUAUUUCAUGAAUAACUCUAUUACGGGUUUCAACCCAACUGUAUUGGUUAAAGUUAGAAAUUCGGUGUUAUGGUUUUCCACUUAACCUGUAAAAAAAAAUUUCGGUUGAAGUGUUGUCAAAACUCAAAUUUUUUUUUGGUAUUACGGUUUUCAACUCUGUGCCAGUGAGGUGGACUAGAGUAUCAAAAAAUUUUAACUGCUAACAAGCAGUUCUAUUUAAGUACUAAUGAAUUUAUCUAGGAAAAAUUUUAAUAGAAAAUGGAAAAUAGGUAAAAUAACUAUCCAUAGAAGGUGAAAAAUUGUUGAGCUUUUGGACUAAAAUCCUGAAACUGGAACUGACAAUUUGGAAAGAUUAAAAUAAAAUUAAGGGACCGUGAAAAGUGUUUCGAACACAAAGAGUCGAUACAAUCUACUACUCCUAAGAAUAUACUUUUUGAGUAAAAUUAAAUUUUUGAAACGUUUUUCUCCUCUUUAGUCAUUAGUGUUUUAUCCACAACGUACAAAUAUGGUGUUCAUAAUUUUUAAAAGCAGGUUUUGUAACAACCAUAGUUAUCGUAGGAUGCUUCAGCUCAAAGUAAAACUAAUUUUAAAUGCAUUCUUGAUAACUACCGUCAGCAAGGAAAUGGAGAGUGUGUGGUAACGUUCAUUCAUCUCAAAAAAUAAAAUGAUUCCUUAUCUAAACGAAAAUAACUUAUGAAUCUGCAACAAACAUUAUUUAAAAACCAUUUAAUUAUCAAUAAAACUUUGGCUUACUUAAUGUUAGGAAAUUUAAAUAGAUUUGUCUGAUAACGAAGGUUUUUUCUUUUGGCUCCAAUAUUUUUGUCAUCGUAAUAUAAAUUUAAACAAUUGCCCAUUUUAUAAACUGUUCACCUUUUCGUAAGGAAUAACUAAAUUAAAUUGUUUUGAUUUUUCGUUUGAAAAUUUUAAGCUGUUUAAUUAUCUGUCAAAACUUCAUUUCUUAUGUUGGCCACACCUCCGACUGAAAAUAGUUGAAAAUCGUAACACCAAAAAAGACUUGGGUUGAUCUGAAUUUGAAUUGCUUCAACUUCAAUUCAACCGAGUGGAGUUGAAAACCGUAAUAGAGGUAUAACUAACAUUAGUUUUAUGUUUAACGCCUCAAAUAU